AUGCCGGAGGAAUCCGAUCCUACUCACCCCCCAUCAUCGGUCCCUCCGACAUCCUCUUCCACCAAACAAUCUCCACCUCCCAUCGACACUACAUCUCCAAGAACAUCCAUAGUCAGGCCCGAAUCCUCUAUAAUCGCUACGACCCCAUUAGCAAUGGAAUCUGCCAUGCGAUUCGAAGAAGAGGCCAGGAAAUCCCUCCACUUGGCGUCUACGUCCAACCCUCCCGUUGAUGGAACCCAGGAAUCUACAUCCGCCUCUGAAGAUAAUGCUAUUACAUCCUCUCUGGGACUACCGGAUUCAUCAACAUCAGAAGAAGAUCCCUCACCCGGAAUCGUCAUCACUUUGUUAAUAUUAUCCGGCGCACGUUCGACGUUUACAUUGAAUCCUGGCUAUAUCAAGAGGCACAACGUGCCCCAUGAAGAUGCAAUGAUGAUGACAGUAUACAAUCUCAAAGAAUGCAUCUGGAGAGAUUGGAAAGAGGAAGAAUUAAUGACUAAACAACCUGCCAGCCCACAUCUGAUACGUCUGAUAUUGCUGGGUAGGCUGCUCGAGGAUAAGAGCUUACUAAAAGACUGUCGGCUUCAACUCGAAUCACCUAAUGUCGUCCAUCUCAGUUUACGACCUGCCGAUAUUGCGGAGGACGAAGUUACAACGAAGAGUGGCAAAUUUACCGGAUUCAAUGGGAACAAUGGAAGAACAGGCGAAAGACCAAGUCCUGGCUGCAGAUGCGUCAUAUUAUAA